AUGAGUGAUUUAGGCCAAGUUGAAGUACUGGGGAAAACAUCACGGAAGCCACACCGGAAGACCCGGACCGGCUGUGCCGUCUGCAAGAAGAGGCGGAUCAAGUGCGACGAAAACAAGCCAGCAUGCCGGAACUGCCUGCUUUUUAAUGUGGGCUGCACAUACUCAUCGGUCCGCCCAGCAGUGUCUGGCGAACGUCUGAUAUUUCUUGUCAAUGAUGGUCCCGGGCCACACCGGGGACGCGGCCGCCCGAGGACAAAUUGGCCCGAAAGGGCUUCGGCCAUUGUCAAGGUUGCAUCACCUUACAACAGUCUCUGCGCGGCCCUCCCAUCGUUAGUAGAAGGUACCCGAGCAUACAGUAUGCUUCUGGAAUGUCUCAAAUGGACAGGCGAUACCACCGUGAUGACUUCCCGUGAACAAAUUAUCAGGAAGGGUCCUAGCACAGUACUAGGCAUGUCUUACCCAUUCAUCUUCGACCUCGUACGCUCCGUUGUCGCAUCUCAUCUCGUACAACAGCUUCCUCAACACCGCGAGCACUUUCGCGCACUAGCAGACAGUUAUUCUUCUCCUGGAAUACGCGGACUGACUGAAUUAUUGCCCCAUCUGGAUGCUAAAAACGCUCAUGCGAUCUUCGCCGCAGCCGCGCUCGUGUGCAUAACCAUUUUAGCCCAAGGGCCUCGGGAGGGGGAGUACCUGUUUUUCAAUGACGGGGAUUCCCUCACCUGGAUCCAGCUUCUGAAAGGCCUCAAGUCUAUCCCCGGCGCCGUGGGAGUUGAUCAAGUGUUCUCCGGGCCGUUGAGAAGUUUUUCAUGCGGUAAAACGCGAGUUGACAGGCCGGCUGUCGAGAUACUCCACCUUCAAACCCUAGACUGGGUUGGCCAGUUUAUCCGGCUACGAGACUUUAUAGCGCACUCUAAUAACGCUACUCGGGUAGCAGACCUGGAAGCGCUCGAGGGCUUAGAGCUGUGCUAUGAGGCAAACUGGGGAAGGGCAGACGGGUCUUAUGAAGGCGACGUCAUGAAUAAAUGGGCUUUUACCUGGGCUUAUCACUUGCAGGACGAUUUUGUGCGCCGAUUACAAAAGAAGAGCCCAAUGCCUCUGGUAAUCCUUGCUCAUUUCGCGGUUCUACUAAAAACCUUGGAACAUGUUUGGUGGAUCGCAGGUUGGCCACAGCACAUCGUCUCAGGGAUCCACGCAAUGAUAGACCGAGGAUACCUACACUGGCUGGAGUGGCCUGCACGGGCUUUAGCUAUCGUUUUGCAGAUGUGUCUAUAA